AAUGCAUUGAAAAGAUGUACAGUAUUUUAGGCAAUAAUUACAAUCAAAAUUUCGGUGAGCACAGUCUCCGGCCGCCCUGCACCCUCCAGGCUGUCAUUGCCUCAAGACCAGUCAACAGGGAACGCAAACUGGCCAGCAGAAGUCUAGGAUAACAAGUAAGAUGGACGAAUAUGCGAGAGGAGGAACCUUGGAGGGUCUGGGCGGUCCAAUUCGAAUGGAUCCAGUGAGCUACGAUGGGAUUGAUCCAACUCUUGAUUCAUGCUGCCAACGAGAGAUCAAAUCGAAUCGCUAUGGCAAUGCUUUAACGCGAGCACUGCAACGCCAUGAUGUGGUCGCCAUGGCCGAACGAAGACGGCGUAAUUUGGUCAAAACCAGCGACAACCGAGAUGCUUGCCGAUGCUGUUUUGAUCCCAACAGUGACGGUGGAGAGUACCUCGCAUUAAUGGAACUGCGACAAAAGCGGCUAGUACAAAUCGAAAAUUUGGUGGAAGAGGAAAAACAGACGACGGAAGAAGAACCAAGCCAACAUGAUGAUGAUGAUGCGUCUUCUUCGGAUGAUGAAUUUGAUUAUCUGCUGGAUGAAGACAUUGGUGACAAUGACAAUUCGAUGCUCAAACAAGCCGAAGAUCGUCGAAGAGCCGAAUUGGAAUUUGCAGCCCUGACACAACAAAUCUUGACGCAACAUGGCUACGGCAUUCAUAGACAAAUGCAUCCUUCGCGAGUUUUGCGGGCGGCUGGAUUGGGGGACGGCAAUAAGAAUAAACGACAGGAUGUAGGAUUUGCCCCCGCCGUCGUUCUCCAUUUGGUCGAUCCCGAAUCCAUCGCGUCGGCAUCGCUUGAUUUGUUGCUCGAAGAUUUGGCCGGAAUGAACACCCACAACAAUUCACACCACCAAAACUCUCGCUAUGCAGCGGCCGCCAAAGGAACCAAAUUUAUGCGAAGUGGAGGGCGAUCCACGUUGCUCAUGGACGCCGACUUGGCGGCACGAGUGCUGCCCCGACUGCAACCAGACAGAGAUUUGCCUGCCUUGGUGGCCAUUCGAGAUGGAAUUGUCGUCAACACAUGUCCCAGAUUAAGUGGCCUCACCACUCAUCCCACAGACCACGAGGUCGACGUGGAUGCUGUCUUUCAAUGGUUGGAUCGAUCAGGAGUAUUGCUCCCGGAACCUCCGCGAUUCGAUGAAGUAUGUAUGAUUCGGCCCGAGGAAGAGGCACUCAUGGAUUACCUGCAAACUGCUGCAGAGUCAGCCAAAGUUGAAGAGGAAGAAAAGGAGGCUAGGUAUGACUGUGGAAAUCCAGACUGCAGCAAAACAUUUCCUCAUGAGCAUGUGGGGAUGGGAAAUGAGCAACAGAGUGGGCUUGUAGUCUCCGAGGAAAAAGUUGUUGGAAGCAACAACUAGAAAAAAGUAGAACAAUGUUCCAAAACUUUAAAGGUGGCACUAGGCAUCAACGACACACCGCAAGCUCGAGCUAGAGAAUCCUUUUUGAUCCAUCAUCUUGCCUGAAUGAGGCUGUUGGAAGCCAUCUCACAAUCUACAGCAAAGCCAGAUACCUGAAUGCCAACUUGUAACCACAACCAGAUGCUAUCAACAUUCUAUUCUGUUUAGUGGACUAGCUAGCUUCUAAUUGUCUAUGUCCAAAAUCAGCCAAUC